UGUGCUCACUUCUCAGCCGUUGGAUCUCAUCACUUGCCCACCGUAUAUAUAAAACACGUCCCCCAAAACACAAAACCCUAACUCUAAUCUCUCACACUGUGUGCGCUUGCCGGCGAUUCCAUCAGAGAAAGAAGAAGAAGAAAAGCACUAAGAAGACUGAACCAUGGGUAAGGUUCACGGAUCGUUGGCACGUGCCGGAAAGGUGAGAGGUCAGACACCAAAGGUGGCUAAGCAAGACAAGAAGAAGAAGCCACGUGGCCGUGCCCACAAGCGCAUGCAGUACAAUCGCCGCUUCGUCACCGCCGUUGUUGGAUUUGGGAAGAAGCGUGGACCCAAUUCUUCAGAGAAGUAAGUGGCUUGGUUUUCAACGAGUUUUGUUUGUGGAGGCAGUGGUUAAAUAUGAAAAACUAGUUUCAAAGUUUUAUAUUUCGACUGUAGCCAAACUACAUUUUAGUUUAGUAUUUCAUAUUUUGUGUGAACUUGUCUUUGUUGAAAACACUUCUGUGAGGUUUAAAUUGACCAUUACAUAGCAUGGGUUGAUUUUUGAGUUUA